AUGCACUUUUGGAACAAGUUUUUCUCGCGUAGAGGGCUGUUUGGGGUCGAGAGUGAGCACUUCAGCACUGUAUUCGCGCUUCGUGAGGUACUUGAAGCAAGUUCCCAGACGUACCAGGCCUAUCGAGUAAGCAUCUUGCUGCCUCGUGCGGAGCUGAAUAAUGUGAUCGUAGGCUUAUUGAUCGCGAACUGCUGGUCAACCGCAGCCACAGAGUAUUUCCUU